AUGAGGCAAAAGAAGAAUGAACGAUUUGCGCAGUUCGUGCUUCGUCUACGCCAACAGGUAGCUGAAUGCGGGUUUGAGAAGUAUUCAUCAGAUAUCGCGAAGGUUUUAACUGAAAUCACACUGAUAGACGUAAUCGCUCAAGGUUGUACGUCUAAUGAGUUGCGAAGCCGGAUUUUGAAGGAGGAUCAAACGCUUCCGCAGAUAGAAGCUUUGGGAGCUAUGAUCGAAAGUGUGGAAGAACAAGUGAGAGGCCUCUCCAGUUUUUCAACAUCCGAAGAGAAGAUUUACCGUAUUGAAGAACGCAAGGCUGAUGGAUCAAAUGUGCAGACUUCCGGCGGCAAGAUAAACCACAUUGUGAGAAGUUCAACGGGUAAUCACAAUCCAAAUGUGCGAGAUCGUGUGGCAUGUUUCAGCUGUGGAAGACACGGUCAUUUUUCCAACUCACCUCACUGUCCAGCACGGAAUCAAGAAUGUAGAAACUGCAAGAUGCGUGGCCAUUUCGAAACGGUUUGUCGGAAAGGAAAGAAACGAGGUGCUUUCAAUCAAAGCGGACAGAAGGAGUCAAAGAAAAUACGGCUAGUGGAAUCCACUGAGACGAAUUCGGAAAGGCAGGCAGAAAAUGUGGAAUCGGAAAAAACAUACUACGCGUUUUACUCUGGAAACAAAGCGAAUAUGAUUGCGUGUUGCAUCGGUGGUGUGAGUUGGGAUACGCUGGUGGAUUCGGGAGCAGAUUGUAAUUUGGUUACACCGGAAGCAUGGAACAAGUUCAAGGAAGCUGGCAUUAAGGUAUACUCGUCAACGAAAGGAUGUGAUCGAAAGCUCAAGGCAUACGGAAGUGAGAAUUUGCUUAAUGUGUCCGGAUCAUUUGUUGCUGAUAUUCGUGUAGGCCAAAAAUGCGCAAAGGCUGAAUUUUUCGUUGUGACUGGUGGCCAACAAUGCUUGUUGGGUGACGAAACUUCGAAGCUGUUGGGAAUACUCAAGGUUGGAUUGGAUGUCAAUAAGGUAACGGAGGAAGUCAAGCCAUUUUCCAAAAUCUCUGGUGUGCAAGUCAAAAUUCACACGGAUCCUGAAAUCAAACCUGUUUUCCAACCUCUGAGAAGAGUUCCUAUUCCGCUAGAAUCUGCUGUCAAGUCUAAGCUGGAACAACUACUUGCAAGAGAUAUAAUUGAAGUCAAGACUGGACCAACGAGUUGGGUAUCGCCGCUGGUGGUUGUCGGAAAAGCGAAUGGUGAUGUAAGACUGUGUUUGGAUUUACGUCGAGUUAAUGAAGCGGUUUUGAGGGAACGCCAUCCAAUGCCGGUAGUAGACGAAUAUUUGGCUCGUUUGGGAAAAGAUAUGAUUCGAAGCAAGUUAGACAUCCGUGAAGCAUUCUUGCAAGUAGAGUUGGAACCGGAGUCGAGAGAUGUGACAACCUUCAUAACAAGUCUUGGGCUGUUCAGAUUCAAGCGAUUACCGUUUGGUUUAGUGACUGCUCCGGAAGCGUUCCAGCGGACAAUGGACGAGAUUCUCACUGGCUGCGAGGGAACGCAUUGGUAUCUAGAUGACGUCAUUAUCGAAGGAUCUACCGAGGAAAAGCAUGAUCGUCGUGUAGAUAAGGUUCUAAAUCGAUUAAAGGAACGAAAUGUGGAACUGAAUUGGGAUAAGUGCAUGUUCAAGGUCAAAGAGCUAGAAUUCCUAGGUCAUACCGUCUCCGCUGAUGGUGAAAUGUGGAAGCUGUCGUCGUCGUGUUCGCUGGGAUUGGUUCUAUCGAUGCUGUGUUGGGAGUUUCACAAGUUGGCCGGCAGUAGCGGGAAGGAAGUGUUUGAUGAUCUGGACGGUAAACUUCUGGCUCAUGGUGUAAGUGAGCAUAAUGAGUUGAUGGCGAAUUUAUCCGGAUGGAAUAGUGUGAUGAGCAAUGCCAUCCACAGUGCUUCGCCGACCACGUUUCCGACCCAUCCCACCACCAGCAAGCCACCGACCAGCUUCGCUUCACCGACUUUGGCGCCCGAUCGGUUCCGCUUGCGUGACUUGAUCGGACGAAGUCACCUGCAGUACAUCGACUACAAAGUAGAGUACGGGCUGCGUUACGAUCCAACGGCCGUGUUUUCGAAUCCACCAACUGGAGUCAACGCCACCACUGAUCGAAGCGGUGGUGGCGGCCAGCACCACUGGAAGUGA